AUGGAGCUGGAGAAGAGAAAACGGGAGGAUGACGGAGAGGCUGACGGAAAGAGAGGUAAAGCACGACGGGAAGAAAAAGAUGACGGCGUGAAGGAGGUGGCGGUUCCGUCGGAUGAAGAGGUGGAGGAGUUCUUCGCCAUUCUGAAGCGAAUACAUGUUGCCGUCGAGUAUUUUAAGAAGCGCAACUCCGGCCGCCGUGAACCGGCGGCGGCAGCCUGGAGUCCCUCGUUUGAACGGGAAGAUUUUGACGGAGUUACGAAAGACGAAGCUGAAUGCUCCGAGAGAACACAAACUGAUCAGAAUGCGGGUUUGGAUCUUAAUUCUGACCCGUUUACUGAUGUUUCGGGGAGUACUGAAACCUAG